AUGGACCUAUCAACUCCAUCCUCUAGCGAUCCAUCUAGAGUACCGACCCCGAAUAGGUUCACAGCUCAAGCUGCCACUGCUGAGGACGUACUCAAGACUCAGACUGUAGGUCUUGUCCAGCUUUCCGACUUUCGGAAAAGACGCGCGGAAGCACUCGAGCAGAGAGAACGAGAGGCUGCAUCGAAUCAUGGAGGCCGUUUCACUCCUGCAAGUGCGAGCUCAAGAGCUGCAACGCCUCUCAGUGACGGGGUGAACACGCCUGAUGGACGACAACCGAAGAAGAGGAAAACUGCUGUAGCGCGGGGCAAAUUGAGCUUUGGCGUUGAUGACGAAGAGUCUCAACAGCCCAAAGACGUAGCUGUUGAUGUCCAGUCAGGGCGAUUUUCACUAUCCAAAAACAGCUCUUCUCGAAAUUCCCCUAACCCGCCGGAUACAAGUUCUUCAGCCCACAAGAAAAGGGUCGGCCCCAACGCCACCAUUUCUGUUGCCCCAAAAGCUGUGACCAAGUCUGCGCUACUGAAAGAAGCUUCGACCAGGGAACAGCUUCGCAAAGAGUUUCUGCUUAUGCAAGAAGCAGUCAAAGCCAUAGAGGUUGUGAUACCUUUCGUGUUUUACGAUGGCACCAAUAUACCGGGUGGAGCGUGCAAAAUCAAAAAGGGUGAACCUGCCUGGCUCUUUCUUGACCGAAGCCGGAAAGUUGGCGCUGAACUUGGUGUUGGUGGUGAAAGGGGGAGUAGUAGGAGAGAGUGGGCAAGAGUGGGCGUCGAUGACCUCAUGCUGGUGAGAGGAGACGUUAUCAUACCGCAUCACUACGAAAUAUACUAUUUCGUCAUCAACAAGACGACGGGUGCUAACGGGCGGCGAUUGUUUGAUUAUGCAUCCACAACCGACCUGACAUCCAUCCAACCCUUAGAAUCGGCAGAAAACAAGGAUCACAGCCUGCUCAGUCGUCCAAGUAAGACCGCAGCAAAAGCAAACGGUCAAAUCGACGAAGCUGAUAAGGAUCUGGAAGGAGCGAACGAUGACCCUAACCUCACGAAGGUGGUGGACAGGAGAUGGUAUGAGAGAAACAAACACAUAUUUCCUGCGAGCGUGUGGGAAGAGUACGACCCUGGCAAGAAUUAUGCCAACUCUGUCAGGAAGGACGCGGAAGGCAAUGCCUUUUUCUUUUCAUGA